AAAAUCCAUUUUUUUUCCAAACUUUUUGAGAAAUUUUGAAAACCGAAAACGCGGAAAAGCGCAACUUGUAAUUUUUGUUCAGUUGCUGUAAGAUUGACGGUUACGUUGUGAUUUCAGCGAACUUUCCUGCGCUAUUUCUUUCUUGAGUGUAAUCCACUUUGCAGUUUUGUUUCAUAUUCAGCUUUCAACUGAGCACGUAUCCUAAUCCAGUGCACUGCAUCAUCUGUUCGAUCUGUCCAACUAGAAUGAGAAGAUAUUCGUGUGUGGUCAGUGGUGUGUUGAAUAUUCAUUAAUCAGCUGUCCGAUUAGUUCACGUGGAAAAUUCGAAUAUAAAAAUGGAUCAAGAUGAGAAAGAUGUUGGUGCAACUGUGGCCGAAACGACGGUACCUUUAUCCACAAAGUCUAGCGAUGAAGUAGCUAAUAAAGAACCUGUUAAACCAGUCGUAUCAUCGGAAAAUGAAAACAACUCGAAAACCGACGAAUCCGCCGCACCUUCUCAGAACGAAACUUCGACCAACGGUACCAACGGCUUAGCAAACAAUCACGACGUUGCUAAAAACACCGAAGGAAAUGUCGAUGACAUUACUGAUGCGAUGAUGGAAAACCUGCAAGAGAAUUUCAAUCAAGAUGUCGAUAGCAUGGUUAGUUUGAUGGAAUCAGCCGAAGAUUUUAUGUUUGAAUCGGAAGACAAACAGUUGAACAUUAAAGCCGCUAUCGAAGCUAACAAACUUAAAAAAGAACAAGAAAGUAAAAGCGUUAUAAAUUCGGAUAAAUCGGAAGCGUACAGUUUACUCGCUCAAGGGAAACGUAAUUUAUUUGUGAAAGAUUACGAAUCGGCGGUGACAACGUUGGGAGAAGCGUGCCAGAAACUCAAUGCUAUAUACGGCGAUUUCGCGGUCGAAUUAGCGGACGCUUAUAUGACUUACGGUAAUGCUUUGCUGGAGUUAUGGCGUGUCGAAGAAGCUGAUAGAAAAAAUAACGAUACGGAAUUAGCCGAGACCGGCGAAGAUGGUCAAGAAGAAAACGACGACGAACAAGGUGACGGAGAUAACGCCGAAGAAAAAGAUGCCGACGAAAGCGAAAACAAAUCCGAUGAAAAUAAAGAAACCGAAGAAGGCGCCGAGGAUAAAGAUGACGAAGAAAACGAAGGAGAGAAAAAUGAAGAUGGCGAAGAAGAUAUCGAGAACGAAGAUGACAAUUUACAAAUCGCUUGGGAAGUCGUCGAACUUGCUAAACAAAUCUAUGAUCGUCAUAAUGAUAACGUUAAUUUAGCAAAGUCGUAUUUGAAAUUAGGCGAAAUAAGUAUCGCUUCUGCAAAUUACGAAUUAGCCAUCGAUGAUUUGAACAGAAGUUUAGAAAUUCAGAAGAAUAUUAGUCCCGUCGAUACCCGUCUCAAAGCUAAUACGCAUUUUAAUUUAUACACAGCUUAUUCCGCAUCUCAUAACUACGACAAAUCUGCCGAACAGCUGGAUACCGCCAAAUCAGUAUUUGAAAGCCAAGUCCACGAUUUAAACCAAAAAUUGAAAACUAUCGAUAAAAGUAACGCCUCAGAAAAAACGAAAAUUAUGAAAGAAAUUAGCGAUACUGAAGAAGUCAUCAAAGAUAUGGAUUCUAGACUACUUGAGAAUAAUAAACACAAACGAGAAUUCAUGACAGCUCUUUUCGAAGCCAUUAAAAAUAAAACUCCCGAGGAGAGCAGUCAGGCCGGUAGCUCAAAUAACUUGCAAAGCGGUUCAAGUUCCAACAAUUUACUCGGUGGUGCAAGUUCCAACAAUUUACUCGGCGGUGCGAGUUCCAACAAUUUACUCGGCGGUGCGAGUUCUAGCAACGUUCCAGUCAAUAAUAUUAGUCAUUUAAUCCACAAAAAGCCUAAACAAAAAGUCGAACCUGCUGCAGACAAGAAUUCAUCCGAAGCUAAACAAAAUACUGUCACUUUGAAUGGAGAAUCUUCGACCAAAGACGAAACUGUACCAAGUAGUGUUUCCGAAUCUCCUGCCGAUGCUACGAAUACGAGUGAUGAGAAAAAUCACGAUCAAGCAGUAAACGAAAGGAAGCGUAAAUUGAGUGAAAGUUGCGACAGUAGUCCUAAAAAAGUGUGUCUCAAAUCAAAAUAAUUUUCAGUUCAUCAUAGCGGUAAUAAUUAUUUUUUAAUAUUGAUUUCUUGUAUUCCCUUAAUUAUAGAAAAAUGUUUUACGUCAUUUUUUUGUACUCGAACGUGAAUAUUAUUAUUUUUUGGUACCUGUGUUUAACAUAAAUGUUCAUUUUAAUUAAGGACAUUUUAAAAUGAAUCUAAGUGUUGUAUUAGAAUGAUUUUUUUUUUUUUUCGUAAAACGUGAAAUUUUUUGUUUUUAGAAUUCCUAUCGCUAUUUCUGCAGGUACGUUUUCCUAUUUAUCAAAUAAAAACUCAUCACGGUGAAUAAAAAACCGGUCGUAAUUUUUAAGUAUUUUGAAUUAAGUGAGUAAUGGAGUAAGAAGAAUUUUCACUGUUGAAUUGGCAGGUAUUUGAAUUAAUUUUAUACAUUCUUUUGUUUACGAACGGAGCAUAAAUAUACUCAUUUGUUCUCUUGA